AUGGACAGCACAGUUCGUAUCCCAGGACAAGACAAGAUUACCCAAAUGGUCGCUCCUGCCCUUACCUUGCAGUCGGCAUCGACCGUCAAGCGAGAAAGCCACGACUUGUCUGCUCAAGCUGCGCCACCCAGCAAGCCCGCCACGAAACCCAAGAGCCGCAAGAGAGUCAACACUGCCGAGAAGCGAGCCAGUCACAAUGCGGUCGAAAGGCAAAGGCGGGAAAUGCUCAACGGCAGGUUUCUGGACCUCGCCCGCCUGCUGCCCUCUCUUGCCAAGAUCCGACGUCCAUCUAAAUCGGCCAUCGUCAACGGCUCGAUCGACCACCUGAGUCUGCAACGUACACACCGAUUGUCGGCGGCCCGCGAACUGCGUCGCAUGUUCGCCGAAAAGCAGGACAUGUUGACGGAACUCAACGAAUGGCGAAGCCGGAACGGCAUGUCGCCCCGGGAGACUACCGGCUGGACAAGAGACCUGGAAGAGUUGCUCUCGGUCGAAUCCGAAAUCUUUGGUGAAUUCACCGGCAUGGGGAACGGAGACGGCGAUGGCGAAGGCGAGGGCGACGUUGAUGCCGACAUCGAAGCCGAACCUCAGGAAUACAACGCAAACCAGUCCAUCGAGGUGUCCGAGAUCGAGCCUCCCAUGGCUGCGCUUCGAUCUGGAUCUUUUGCUGACGCGAUCAGCAUCGACGGAUCUGCUUUGCGUAGAGACUCGCUGCACCGCUCCGCCGACACCUACGCCUCGUCGUCGUUGCAGUCGUCGCUCAUGGGUGCCGAAUCGUUUGGUCAGCCGAGGUUCGCCAUGCCUUCUCGACAAAAGUCGUUUGCACCCACCGAGCUGUCCAGCGUCUUGUCGGGAUCGCCUCCCCAGUUGACACAGGCGUUUGGAAAUGGCUCGCCCAUCGAUUCUACGCAGCAUUUGGCGCUGCAAGCCUUCUUGUCGGGUGGCGACGCUUUCGCUCGUGGGCCGUCCCUCGAGUCGCCGGGCGGGCUGUCGGGUGAUUGCAUCACUCCCCCGUCCCACGACGUUCACAUCGACGUCAACACUUUCGCGCCGCCUUCGCCCCCGACCGCGGCCACGAGCUUUGCCCACGCGAACGCUGAUCAAGACAAGGUGUCGCAGUGGGCCGCUCAGCAGGUCAUGUUGCAGUACGUCCAAGAUGGUCAACACCUAGGCAACGGGCGAACCGGCAAGAACGCCUCGUCGAUGGACGUCGAGUUUACGAACCCGUUCCCGACUUACAAUCCGGCAUCGAGGCUGGACGCCGCACAUCAGGCGCUCUUGACGCAUCAGCCUCAGUUGGCCGCCGCGGCCUUCCCACCCCCUUAUGCCGACACGUUGUUUGGCAGCAGCGGCGGGCACUCGAACGAGUCGUCUAGCACUCACGGCGAUCGUUUCGGUCCGACCGCGGCUUCGCUCGCUAGCAACUCGCAGCUUCAUCACUUUUUCGCCGCCAACUCGGCCGCCAUGGCUUCGCUCAACCCGUCGCUCGAUGGCAUGACGUAUAGUCAGAUCGAGCAGUGGUCGAGAUUCGGUCAGAUCACGUCGCGCUCGCCUCUACAGCAGGGUGGUGGUGGCGGUCAGCCUGAGAAUCUGGACGAGUUCAGACAGGCCAUCCGCGCUGGAAUCAACAUGGGCAUGGCUGCUGGCAUGGUGCGAAGUAGUUGA